AUGGUAGAGGUAACUUUAGUGAGGGAGCAUGUUCUUAAUAUGAUAAGUCUUUUGAAUGAGCUAAAAAUUCUUGGUGCGGUUAUUGAUAAGGAAUCUCAGAUUGAGAUGGUCCUACUGACUCUGCCGGAUAGUUUUCAGCAGUUUUGCUUGAAUUAUAACAUGAAUAAAAUGGACUUAUCUUUUGCGAAAUUGCUGAAUGAGCUGCAAGUGGAAAAAUCUAUCAUUAAGCAACAAGCUCCUCCUGAAGCGUUGAUGGUUGAUAAACCUUCAUCUUCAACUUCUAAGAUGAAAGCCGAAAAGAAAAAGAAGAAGAAUCCCCGUAAGGUUCUAGGUGCUAAUGGUGGUGUGGAUAAGCCUAAGGGCAAGUGCUAUUAUUGCAAGCAACCUAGUCAUUAUAAGAAGCAAUAUCCCGACUACAUAGCUAAGAUAUAG